AUGGACAAGCCGCAGAUCAUCGGCCACAUACACAAAUCGUUGAACUACACGCUUUUUGAUUGCAAAUGGGUUCCUGUCAGUACAAAAUUUGUGGUCGUCGGUUCCAAUCCUCGUGGUACGGCCCAGCUUCAGGUGUACGAUGUUACUGCAACCGACGUGAAGCUUGUAUAUGAGGCGCAUUCCGAAAUCAUAAACUGCAUCGAUGGCGUUGGUGGACUGGGUGUGGGUGAGGGAGCUCCAGAGAUUGCAACAGGCAGUCGAGACGGAACUGUCAAGGUCUGGGAUCCCCGACAGCCUAAAACACCCGUGGUCACUAUGGAACCAUCUCAGGAAGAAAGUCAGCCCAACGCAGGUGACAAUCCCGCAAUUGGAUCAACCAGAGACUGCUGGACUGUUGCCUUCGGACACGCC